AUGCCCCCAGGUGCCUCCGUCGUUGACGCGUUCAAAAAUCUUAUUCGCCAUGGCAAGCACCACAACAACAACCAGCCCCGCAUCGCCGACAUCUCCAAGCAAGACACACCCUCCGACCAGCCCAGCACAGAUCCCUCCGCAGCCCAGCCCAGCUCACGUGGCUUACGUCAACACAACCCUGACAAGUCCCCUCAACCCAGGGAGGCUGCAGAAAUCAUCGUUGAGGAGGAGCGCAAAGCAAAGGCAAAGAUGCCCACCUACAAGGGCCUAGAAACCUACCAUAUUGAGGAGAAGAUGGGCGACGGCGCAUUUUCAAAUGUCUACAGGGCUGUCGAAAUUAGCACCGGCAGGCGGGUCGCAGUCAAGGUCGUCCGGAAAUAUGAGCUUAACUCCUCGCAAGCUGGCGACAAGCACUUGAACCCUCAGUUUAAGAAGAAGCCACGCGUUACAGAGCGGGCGAACAUCCUCAAAGAGGUCCAGAUCAUGCGCGGAACUUCACAUCCAUCCAUCGUGAAGCUCUACUCUUUCUCCGAGUCAGAAGAGCACUAUUUCUUGGUCAUGGAAUUGAUGGAAGGCGGCGAACUCUUCCACCAGAUUGUCAAGCUCACAUACUUCAGCGAGAACCUCGCACGCCACGUUAUUCUACAGGUUGCACGGGGUAUUCGGUAUCUACACGAAGAACGCGGGGUAGUUCAUCGCGACAUUAAGCCCGAAAACCUCCUGUUCGAGCGCAUCGAAAUCAUACCAUCGAAAAACCCUAUACACCGGCCGUACGACGAGGACAAGGAAGACGAGGGCGAAUUCAUCCCUGGCGUUGGAGGUGGCGGUAUCGGAAAAGUCAAGAUCGCCGACUUCGGGCUGAGCAAAGUCGUCUGGAACGAGCAGACUAUGACGCCGUGUGGAACCGUUGGCUACACCGCGCCGGAGAUCGUCAAAGAUGAACGGUACAGCAAAAGCGUUGACAUGUGGGCUCUUGGUUGCGUGCUUUACACUUUAUUAUGUGGUUUUCCACCUUUCUACGACGAGAGCAUCAAUGUGCUUACAGAAAAGGUUGCAAGAGGUUACUACACGUUCCUAAGUCCCUGGUGGGAUGACAUUAGCCAUUCUGCCAAGGAUCUAAUAACGCAUCUUCUUUGCGUGGACCCUGCCCAACGGUAUACCAUCGACGAAUUCCUUGGUCAUCCUUGGUGCAAUGCUGCACCAGCGCCGCCACCACCACCUACACCGUUCAUCUAUGGCAACCUCAAGGAGCCAUUGUCCGGUGGCAAGCCUCUGGAUUCACCCCUCCUCUCAGCUGCCCGAGGUGGUCGUACACAUGAAGGACGGAGUCCGGGCAUUGCGACGCUAAAGGAAGCCUUCGACAUUACAUACGCCGUACAUCGCAUGGAGGAAGAGGGUGCACGGAGACGAAAAUACAACGGGCGCGGUGGAGCCGGUGCUCGCGGCUUCCUCUCUGGGCUGAACGAGGACGAGGAAGAUCUUGACGACGAGUCGGACAGCGAGCACGAAGACGACUACCGGCGUGCAGCACGAGAGGUCGCUAUGGCUCCUGUGCAAGACCACCAAGUACAUCGUUCGGUCUUGGACGGGCGGGCAGGUCCUCGGGAUCAAGGCAAAGGCCGGAUCAUCCAGGCGACUGGUGCAGGCACCAAUACCGAGGCUGUUAAGCCCCGCGCAGGACGCGGACGCAGACAAGCUUUCGAGCUCGACCUGGACAAUGCGACGCUGUUGGGUCGGCGACACAAGCGGGCAGUCGGGAGCCCGCUGAAGAUGGAGGGUCUUCGGAUGGAUGAUCAGCCCCCGCAUCCCAUUGCUGGAAGUACGAUGCUGAUGUAG